CAACUUCAAGACAACUAUAAGCUACUGGAUGGCGUUCAUAUUAUUAUUUUGAUUGUGUUCAUAUGUGUUAUGUACUUCCUGCUCUCGCGGAAGUGACGUAUUUGAAACUCGAGCAAAACAUGCACAUGUGAGAGCAGCGCGGUGAGAAAAACCUACGAUUACUUCAAAUAUACUUUAUCAUCGUUGCGAAGGAAGACCUCAAGCGCGAAGUAUGAAUGACCAGGGACACUACCCCCCGCCGGACUUUGGCUGCCCCCCCCAGGAUACCAUCCCAAACCACCAGCAGCACACAAGCGGCUUCCACCCGAGCAUGUGGAGCUGGGGCGAGACGUCCUCCGAGCCUGCCUGGGACCACAGCGGCCAGGCCGGGUGGCAACACGGGGCCGCGGUGGGGUUUGGUUCCCCGCCAGGUCGUGGAAACUAUGGACAUAAACGUCCACACGGUCAAAACUUUGGUCACGGAUGGCAUCGGGGUGGAAGACAGGGUUACGGACCCCCCAACAAUCAUGGGAAAAGGCAGAACAAGAAAGAACCUGAGUAUUCGUAUUUUUGCGACACCUGUGACCGCGGCUUCAAAAACCAGGAGAAGUUCGACGAGCAUGUUUCUCAACAUGUCAAGUGUUCUGUGCCAGACUGCAGCUUCAUGGCUCAUGAAAAACUAGUCAGCAUCCACUGGAAAAACAACCAUGCACCGGGUGCUAAAAGAAUCAAGCUGGACACACCGGACGAGAUCAUGAAAUGGAGAGAAGAGAGGCGCAAGAACUAUCCAACACUUCAGAAUAUGGACAAGAGAAAGAAAGUUAUGGAAGAGCGGGAAGAGACUGGAGCAGUUCUGGAGACGGCUCAGUUUGGGCGGAUGAGAGGCAGAGGGCGAGGGCGAGGCCGUGGCUGGGGCAACCGCGGGCGUCACCCUGGAGGCCCUCACCCAUCAGACAACAGGGCCACGGGAAAACCUCCCCCCCCCACCCAGCCUCAGAUGGACAGAGAUCCACUGGCAGCGCUGGCCAGUAGUGAUCAUGAUUCCGACCGAGAGGAUCCGGGCCCCGAGUCUAGGACCGGCGGCGUGGUCGUGGCUCCCAAACAGAUGAGCUCAGGUCUGGGCUCUCUGGUGGCCAACUACGGCUCCAUGAGUGAAAGUGACGAGGAACCAGAAGCCUUCCCUAUUCAGAGAGCCAAAGACCUUGUGCAAGAAAACCAGGCUCUCCUAAACACAAUACCACACAAGAAUCGGGACAGAGGGCCCUCUCAUGGCCCGGAAACCUCCUCACAGGUUACAGAGGCCCUUUACACUCAUAAUGACAGACGAGGAAGAGGAAGAGGACGAGGACAGCGAGGACGAGGAGGAAGGGGAGGACAUCAAGACCCACCGCAGUCGCGUCGUCCCACUCUACUCGAGAUGUUACUGGCCCCGGAUAUCCGCCAUGAGAGAAACGUUCUCCUGCAGUGCGUACGCUACGUAGUCCGAAACAACUUCUUUGGCCUGGAGAGCGGACCUCAGGACCAAAGGGCGACAAGAGUUAUGGUCACACCGCUGAUCUCAACCGGCGAGCGUGCAGAGAGGCAGGAACAGUUGUCGGAUACAGCCCUGGCUCUGUUUGCUCCUCCGGUUGGCGCAGAGAGAAGUUCAACAGAUGUUGAGUAUCAGGAGGAGUUAAAAGCAAGUAUGGCUGUAGUAUUCGAGCCGUAUUUGCACGCAUGCACAGAACCAUGUAAGGAUCCUCCCGUGGACUCGGCAGCCAGCGAGGAGCCGGCUACCGGAGGUUUCAUCGGAAACGCUGAAGAGACCACUGUGAAAGACUGCAGCCUCAAUUCCACAGGCACUGAAGAAAUCAGAUCUGCUUCCAAUGCAUACGAUGACGAAAUAUGGGAGAAUCCUGGUGCUUUUAUGUCCUAGCAAAUUAUUGAAAUGUGUUUUUGUUGCAAGGCAUGAAAGUGAGACAUUUGUCUUUCAAAGGUUGAUAAUACUUGAAAUUGUUAUUUUUCAAUGACUAUUAUUUUUGAUGUGAUGUUAGUUUGACUAACCAUAUUAAGUUAUAUUUUUGUAACAUGCUUUAUAAUGAAGUUUUUUUCCUGUUGAAAUAAAUCAUAUCUAUUGAUCAA